UAGUAAUACUGGCGGCGUACCCGUCAUGUGGUGCUCAGUGUUCACUAAUAUAACACCAAACAUGGAUCCUCUGUAAUAUUGAUCUUUGUUAUCCAGAGUACAAAAAAGCGUUUAUUGUCAGUUUCUUGCUUGUGGCGUAAUAAAUUUCCAAGGUUUGUUUUGCGGUUACCCUAUCAUUGGACUAUCUGUACAUUCCGAAAUAUUGCCAAAAUAUUCUGUUUUCCAUUGGUCGUUUUAUCUCAUCAGUUGCGUCGUCGCUUUCAGCGCAAUUUUAUGCAGAAUAUGUUGAUAUAUCUAUAUGUUGAUAUAUGCUUAUGUUGAUAUAUCUAUUCGGGGUGGUUUUCCAUGCGGUUAUUGCGGUGAGACCACAGCCAGAAGACGGCGGAAACACUAUCCCAACAGCGGAUAAAGAGCGUCUGUGCCUGCAAAACAAGUUCAAGGAAGCGAGGGACUGGAAUGACGAGAGGAAGAUAAACGCAGUGACUGACUGCUUCCCACUUAUAAGGGAAACGUUGGAAGCCCAAAUAAAACGUUUCGAAGCCAUCGAACAGCGGAUUCUCGAAAUUGAGCAGCUCUAUGAUCAACUCAAAGACAUACGGUCGGGAAAGGUAAGCAUUUGGGGCAUCUUGUGGAUCCAACUGGAGAUUCUCGCUAGUGACAACGGAUUUACCCUGCCAAAGCCGAUUUUUGUGGCUGUUGUUUUGGCGAUCAUCGCCGGAGUGAUAUUGGUCCCCAUUGGGCUUGGCUACCACCACAACAAUCAGCGAAUCCGCAACGCUAUAACGAUCUUCCUCGGUGUGUGCAUCACCGGCUGCCUCGUUCUUGCUUGGAAGCUAUUGCUGCCAGCGGCGCGCGUUCAGCGGGCUAUUAAGCAGGAAUUUUAGACUGUUUAGUGAGCAACUAUUUCGCGCUUUCUUUCCCUGGGAGGCAAUACUACAACACAAAAAAUGUGAACUAAAUUAAACUAACUUAUUCAAGGUUACACGAGAACCUCUUGUAGUUUUCAAAGCCGAUAUAAGAACUCCAAGACUAUACUGAGUUGUCUUCCUAUGCGUCUUCCUAAUCCUAUAUAUGGCUUCCCAUGUAUAACUUGUUUUAAUUUUCAUCUCACCACAGGCGCUGUUUGCGUUAAGUGGCCGCGCUAAAAA